GGUGGUGAAAACACCAAACACAGAGAACUAGCUGUCAAGCAUAUCUUUAACUGACAACCCUCUGAGAAAUUUGCAUUUGCUUCAAUACGCUUAAUAAUCAGAUCUGAUCCAAAGGUCUCUUCUGAGAGCCUGAACAAAGAAAACAGGAAAACUGUGAUGCCUGGUAAUGUUAGAGGGGCACACACAGGUAGGAGAGGUAACAUUAUCAAGUUUUGCAGCCAUGAAUUCUACACUGCGAUUAUGGAUGAAGACGUGAAACGCAUUGAAGGCAUGUUAGAGAAGUAUGGGAGCAACUCUCUUAUUGAGAUACAAGGCAAUGCAUCUGGGGACAUUUUCUGGAAGGGCUUCACUAUCCUUCCGCUUCAUCUGGCUGCCUCUUACAGAAGAGUUCAGAGCACACAGAGUCUGCUGUCAGCAGGGGCAGACAUUGAAAAGAGGGACCAGCUCGGUCGAACCCCACUACACUUGGUGAUAACCGGAUGGCCGAGCAUCCUGAUUACUUGGCCAAAACCAGAUUCCAAGUUCCAGACUGCUGUGAUGGGCAUGUGUAGGCAGGCAGAGGACUGUUUACGGACACUUUGUGAGAAUGGUGGAAACAUCAAUGCAAAGGUGGAGGGACAAAGUCACCAUACAGCUCUCCAUUUGUCAGUACGCUACAAGGCUCUGUCUGCUGUCCAAAUUCUGGCCAGCUAUGGUGCUGAUGUUAAUGCUGUGGACAGCACUGGGAUGACACCACUGCAUAUGGCUGCAGGGAUCCUCCAUAAGGACAUCAUAGCCUGCUUAAUCAGGCAGGGAGCAGAUAUUAAUAUGGGGACGCAGCACUCUGGGAACACUCCGCUGCACUUGGCUGUCGUAGCAAUGGCCACAAAGUCUACUAAAACCCUAGAAGAUGGCAUUAGCUGCAUCUCUGAGCUGCUUGAGUCGGGGGCUGAGCCCAACGCAGUGAACAAGGCCGGAAUGACACCCCUACAGGAGGCAUGCAGCAUGGGCAACAAAGAGCUGGUGGACCUCCUGCUGAGGUACGGAGCAAACAUCAAUAAACUGAGUAAAGCUGGGGAGAACUGUCUAUUCCUGUUCCUGAACCAACGGUCUAAUGUAAGACAUAGCUCCCUGCUGCUGAAACUCCUCAGCCUGACUUCCCCGCUCACUGUCUACGACCAAACCGGACGCCUGCCCUCAACUCUGACGCAACCAUGUUUCACUGAACAGAGAAACCAGCUCCUGAAAAUCACUCAUCAGCCAAGGAGGCUUCAGGAUAUUUGUAAAAGUGUCAUUUAUCUGAAACAUGUCCGAGGCAAGACAGAGGAAUUGAAGAAACACAUGCCUGAGAGGCUGUAUGACUUUGUCUUUAACCGCUGGGAGAAUAUAUACGUCUCUUUUGUUACAGACGACAAACAGGGCUUUUUAAAGAGCAUACCUGAUAUUAAUCCUAGUUGAUAAUUGUGUGUUAAUUCAAUACCUCAACCCUACAUACAUAUCCUGAACAAAUAAAAUCAAUCAACCUUA